AUGCGUUUCUCCGUUCCCGCAGCAAUCUUUUGUGCCCUUUGUUCGACCGUCACCGCUACCCCUGGCCCUGGAACCACCCACGCCAAUCUUCAAGCCCGUCAACCCAUUUCCAAAGACGGCAAAUCAAGCGCCAAAGGCAAACUAAACAGAGCUGCACCUUGCGCUCAAGAAGGAGAGUAUUGCAGGGUGGCCGCUGAUUGUUGUGGCGCUCUGUUGUGUGGCGAAAAUGGGUGCUUCAAGCUGAAAUCUAUGAACCCCCGGGGAUUAAUGGAUUAA